AUGAGCAACUUUGGAGGCGCCGGACUUGGGCAAAAGGUCCAGAAGCCGAAUCCGCCAGAGCGUGGCUCAUUCCCUCUCGACCACGACGGGGAAUGCAAGGACAUCAUGCUCUCGUACCUCCGAUGCAUCAAGUCGCAUCGUGGGACCAACGACCCUGAGUGCCGCGGCCUCUCCAAGUCAUACCUCUCUUGUCGCAUGGACCGAAAUCUGAUGGCUCCGGAUUCGUUCAAGAACCUCGGCUUCGGUGAAGACAGUGACGGCCCUGUUACCACCGCCGCAAACGCAUCUCAGCCAUCGCAACCCAACGGCCAAAACAAACCUCGCGGAGCUUAG